AUGGAGCUGUGGAACGACUCCGCCAACGACACCCGGCGUGGCAAUUUCACGUCGAAAGAGGAGGAGGAGGAGGCGGACGGCAACGUGGCUCUGCGGUCGGGUCUGGCCGUGACCUUGACCCUCAUCACUUUGGCCACCACGCUGUCCAACGCCUUCGUCAUCGCCACCAUCUACCAGUCCCGGAAGCUGCACACGCCGGCCAACUUCCUGAUCGCCUCGCUGGCCGUCACCGACCUGCUGGUGUCCAUCCUGGUGAUGCCCGUCAGCGCGCUGUACACCGUCAGCCAGACCUGGACCCUGGGGCAGGCGGUGUGCGACAUCUGGCUGUCCUCGGACAUCACCUGCUGCACCGCGUCCAUCCUCCACCUGUGCGUCAUCGCGCUGGACCGCUACUGGGCCAUCACGGACGCGCUGGAGUACACCAAGAAGCGCACGGUGGGGCGCGCCGCCGGCAUGAUCGCCACCGCCUGGGUGAUCGCCAUCUCCAUCUCCCUGCCGCCCUUCUUCUGGCGCCAGGUGAAGGCGGAGGAGGUGACGAGCUGCAACGUGAACACCGACCACAUCUUCUACACCAUCUACUCCACCUUCGGCGCGUUCUACAUCCCCACGCUGCUGCUCAUCGCCCUGUACGGGAGGAUCUACGUGGAAGCCCGCAAGCGCAUCCUGAAGACGUCGCACCGCAAGCCGGGGAAGAGGCUCACCUCGGCGCGCCUCAUCACCAACUCGCCCGGCUCCGUGGCGUCCACCACGUCGCUGAACUACGGGACGACCGACGCGUCCUCCUGCGACACUACCUCGUGCGCCGCCGCCGCCGUCAAAGUCACGGUGUCCGACGCGCUGCUGGAGAAGAAGCGCAUCUCCGCGGCCAGAGAGAGGAAGGCGACCAAAACUUUGGGAAUAAUCCUGGGAGCCUACAUCAUCUGCUGGCUGCCGUUCUUCAUCUACACCCUUCUAGUGCCUGUCUGCGAGUCGUGCUUCCACCCGGAGCUCUUUGACAUCUUCACCUGGCUGGGCUACCUCAACUCCCUGAUCAACCCCAUCAUUUACACCAUGUCCAACGAGGACUUCAAGCAGGCUUUCCACAAGCUAAUACGGUUCAGAUGCUGCAGAGCCUGA